UGUGAGAGGGAGACAGAGAAGCGCCGCCGCCGCCUCUUUCCUUCCACCGGUCCCUGCGGUUGGAAACCAGAGGCGCGGCGGCGGUGGCCAUGGAGCGCUGGCCGCGGCGGUCGCUCCUGUGGCUGCUGGCGGGCGCCUGCGGCCUGGCCGCGCUCGGCUACUGCGUCUACUUCGACCAGAAGCGGCGAAGCGCCCCCGACUUCAAACGGAGACUGCGGGAGAAAAGAAGAAAAGAAUGUGAAAAGACAAAAGAGCAUGAUGCAGAGUUACGUGAGCUGAAAGAUACUGCAAAGCUACAAGAGUUCUUUCUGGAAGAGAUACAGCUGGGACAACUCUGGCUGGCAAGAGGAGAGCACAAGAAGAGCAUUGAACACCUCGCCAAUGCCAUUUCAGUGUGUACACAUCCAAACCAGCUGAUGCAUGUCUUGAAGCAGACUCUACCACCCCACAUAUUUGAGAUGCUUCUGCACAGCAUUCCAUAUGCAAUGCAAAGGCUUGAGACAGCCCUGAAUGAGCAGGAUACUACCACUGAAUGAGAACACGGCAUCGCACAAGGGGGCUACUCUUAAGGCGGGACCUUAUGACAGCCUAUGAGCCCUCAUUUUGAAAGAUUCUCAGUACAAACAGUAAUUUCCAUUUAUUUUACUUUGAUUAAAUAAAAAAU